AUGAAGCAGCGGCAAGACGGCGCUAAGAAGUCUGCAUUAUCACCCCAUAAGCUGCCAAAGCAUGAAUGGAAAGGCAUCAAGAGGUCACCAAAUUCACUCAAGGAAUCGAUGGUUGCUGUGGCCACGCCUCACUCUAUGGCUGCAACGCCCACAAAUAGUAUGACGUUGCCCAGUCCCACAGAAUAUCCUAGUCUUUUUGACGUACGAGGUCCAAGCUCUACCCGUUCUGCAGACGGGUCCAAAGUUCUAGGUCACAAACAGGAUAUAAAUCUGCGUAUGCCACAGUCAGCGCGUGAGAGCGGCAGCAGGAUUGAAUCUUGGAGCACGUCAACGAGGACUGCAGUAAUGAGGAGUAAAGCGUCGUUUAAGCGUGGGGAAAAUGAAGGUGAAAGUGUGGAAGAUGAAGCUUAUGUAUCAAUGUUUCACCAUAAUUUACACUCGGUGCUGACCAAUCCUAAGGCCAACAAUUGGGGCGAUGCUCUGCUGGAAGCUUUUUAUCCUACGCUAGAUGCCGACAUUGCAUUGGCACCGUUUCCAGGAUUAGCGGAUAUUUCAACGCUCGACUUUCAGCCAUAUUUGCGCAAUUUUGGUGCAAAUGCUGCCAAGUAUGAAGAAAAUCAUGAGAAGCCGGUCAGCGAGCAGCUUUCAUCAAGCAAUGUGCCGUCGAUUUUCGUUGCGAAUGAGGACGUGACCAAGUGUCUAGAGGCUAUACCAAACUUGUUCUUUCGGCCAACGUUUGACCUAACGGAUCCUAAUACAUUUGAAGAGGUGAUGAGCCUGCCAAACGUUACGUCUCUCCAAGAAGAGCUGACGGCAUACUUGGAUCGAGUAGAAUUGGCACUUCUUCGCCAGGUAUCGUCUCGCUCUGAUCAAUUUUUUAAGGCAUCGGCAGACCAGGAGGUCAUGAAACAGUCAAUACAAGAUGCUUGUGACCAAGUAGCAACGCUAAGAAAAACAAUGGAUCGCUUGCGAAGCUUUCUUGCAGAUAAAACUCUUGAUAUUGUGAGCCUGCACCGACGUCAGAAACAGAUCAAGGAGCUUCAUAAUUUAGCUACGAUGAUUGAGGAGGUUAAGAGUGCCGAGUCUGCUGUCGAGGCUUUAGUACAGUGCCAAGAUUACACGAACGCCUUAGACUUGAUUGAAAGCUCGCAGGCAAUUUUGAGGGAACAUUUACAAGGAAUUCAUGGGCUUAGUUUGCUUAGCGAGAAGUUUCGUGGUUACCGAGACUUCAUCAGUAGACAGAUAUCGCAGCGUUUUAUCUCGGUUAUUACGUCUUCCGAGUGGACGCUUCAAGAUGAAGACGACGACUUUUGUGAAGAAAGCCAGGAAAGUGUUGGGGACGAGAAAGGCAAUGUGAUACUAGAGACUGCAUGUCUCGUAGACGUGCUCUUCCGAUUGGAUGUACUAGACAGCACUAUAAAGAUAUAUCUUGACCAGUUGAACGAGGAAAUUCGGGUUAUCGUGAAAACGGUGGUUACUGAAACGAUCGCAGUCUCGUAUGGUAGCAAGCGUAGCAGCGGUUCGGCUGAUCGGGGGACAUCACCUGGAAGUGAAUCGAAAAUGUCGCUUCAGCUCCGAGCUUUGACAUCCGACGAAUUUCUCCAGUGCGUGCAGAUGAUCUUUGAGCACUUGAUAAUGGUGUUGAAGCGUGCUGUGAUUGUCCAGGGCAUCUUGGUGAAAUCUAUGCAAAAGAAAACUGACGAAUCAAAGAAAGAGAAGAGAGCGAAGGAUGAAGCGUAUAGUAAUGGUACGCAAGAUUCAAAGGCUACAGAAGGAACAUCAUCCGAAGAAUGUUCAGCCUCCAAAAAUGACAGCGAUGAGCGUAAAGUUGGUGAUCGGAAAAUGGAAACGCGGUGUGGUAAAGUGAUUCGAGAAAUUGACGACGUUGUGCGCAAAACUUGUGAGUUUUCUCAGCGUAGUGUAUCAAACCUGUUUGCUGUAAGAAAAGAGGUUCAGGCUAUAUACACGAUGCCUCAGUUGCGUAAUCUGUACGACACUACAAUGGAUUUCGUUGUCAAUAUUGAAAAGCUUACCGGCAAGACAGACUACACUCUUCGUGGCGCUUUAUUCUCUCAGUUGAAGCUAUUUUUGAAGAAGUAUCACCAAACACAAAUAGCGAAGCUGGUGUCAACGUUAGAUCAUGAGCUGUGGAAAAACUCCGAGAUCUCCGAGACACGCCACAAGUCGCUUGAUGAUCUUGCUAGUGGAAGGGGCGUUUUUCUGCUGCUUUCUGACGACCGAGAGAUUGCUGGCGAAACUACUCCACCGCGCAAGAUGGUGUCAGUUUGCGGUAAAUCGUUCCGAGUUGUAUGGUCGGUGCUUCUCAUGUUGGAGAUAGUGAUGACCUACAUGUCUUGCGCUGCCAAUUUUCCUGUAUUAGCAACCGAUGUUCUUCAGCGAUCUAUUGAGAUUUUUAGGUUAUUCAAUUCCCGAACUACCCAGCUUGUUCUGGGUGCUGGGGCAAUGCAAAUUGCUCGACUUAAGAGCAUUUCUGCCCGGCAUUUGGCUCUGGCAUUGCAAUCAUUGGAGCUGUCUAUGACUCUCAUUCCCCACAUUAAGGCUGCCCUUGCGGCGCAUUUCACUGACCGCCAAAAGCUGCUAUUAGAUGAGUUUGACCGCGUGCUACGCGACUUUGCUGAGCACAAUGAGAAAAUAUAUAGCAAGUUGACCGGCAUCGUGGAAGACCAGAUCAUGAAUCGUUUUCUGGAGAACGUUGCGACUGAGGUCAAUUACGAUUUUGCCAGUCUUGCGAUCCCAACGAACCCGAUGCGCGGCAUUACGCAGAACACACUCAAGUUUCAUGCAGUGUUACAUCCCAUUCUUUCGCCGCCACAGAUGAAGGACAUCAUGUCGCGUGUGUUCGAUAUGUUCACUCAGAAGCUGCCUGAAUGCUUCAAACUGGUGCGGCCUCAAACAGCAGCAGGCAAGAAACGUGUCGUGGAAGACGUUGACAUGUUCGUGAAGAGCUUUAACGAGGUGACCGAGCUAAGUUUUGACGGCAGCGGUCUCUUGACCCAUUUCAAGAAUGCCUACAGUGUGUCCUAG